GUAUAAUGUCGAGCCGCUAAGUUUCCGGUUCGUAUACGUUCUUCUCUCCUCUCUUCGCACGUUUCGCUCGAACGAUUCGCGUUAGCUGAUAAGGAUUUGGUGUAUUGAUACACGGUAAAAGAUUUAUAGCAUUUAUAUACAGAAAUAAUGGCUGGGACAAUAAGGAGUCUUACGAGAAUCAACGCAAAGGUUGCCAGCAAUAUCGUUCUGAGACAAGGCUUCCUAAAUUCUUGUAGAUUCAUAUAUUCUGAAAAAAGUUUAGGUCUACAUGGUUAUGAAAAUGCACGAUUAAACUUUCGCAAUCAGUUUUUAAAUGUCGAGAAUGCAUUCCGUACUAAAAUACAGGAGAUCUGUAACACAGAAGGUCAGAUUUUCACAGAAGACCUGAAGUCUAUGUUGCAUUUAGUACAGAAAACACCUGAAGAUAUUGAAUUGCUUGUCAAGAUGAUAACAAAGUUUAACAGUCAAAAUAAAGAACUGAGAUUUGGUACUUUCAUCUUUGGUCCUGUAGUAAUGCGGACCUUUUAUUAUCUUGAUGAACCAGAUCUUGCACUUACUGCUUUCAAAGAUCCUAAGUUUGAGAAUUUCUUUGAUCAGCUGAUUAGCUACCAGAUUCUCUUAUCUCUGCUAUAUAAGCAUGAGAAAUAUUUAGAAAUGAGAGAUGUGUAUGAUAUAAUUAAAACUAAAAACCUAGAUUCUGGUGGAUAUCCAAGGAAUUCUUUGAUAUUAGUUAUGGCUGCUUGUUAUAAAGAGAAUACACCAGAAUCAUUGGAAUAUUCUCUAAAGGUCUGGAGAGAAAUAAAUGAUAAAGGAUUUACAUUUAUGCGUAGAGCCAGUACAUUUUUAACAGCUUUAGCCAUUAACCAAAAUUCAUCGCACAUAGCUGUAGAAAUUUUAACUACGAUAAAAGAAUCUCGAUAUAUUGAUGUAAGAUGCUUAAAAGUUUUGGCAUAUGCAGACUUGAAGAGAUUCACUGAAAUAGUGCCUCUCUUUAGAAAAUCGCUAGAAGUUGAUAGGCCAAAUAUUCAGAAAGAAAGUUACUUCACAGAUGUGAUCGAAAAAUUGGAGAAGGCUAUGGCAAAGGAGAAUAUUCCUGAAGAUUUUGAGCUUUAUAAGUUGAUUGGACUGUUGAAGAGCAACAAUCAUAUCUUGCUUGAUUUGACUUUGGAAGAGCAUCUCGUUUCUGAAAUAACUGUCGAUCCAUUAAAGCGUGUUCAACGACGAUUCAACAAAAAUCAAUUUCAAUCUAAUCCUCCGCGAUCAUUUUCACAAAAUAGAUCAGUAAUGCGAGAUCUUUUGUAAAUCCAAAGUUGUAGAAUGUAUUUCAUAACCCAAUAAUUAUUAGUUUGGGUAAAUUUAAGAUUAUAAUAAUUAUGAAUAAAUAAAUGAUCUAUAUCGAUUGAUGAUCUAAA